UGUACAUUGGUCAAUCCACGGAGGUGUGUCGGGAAAAUCCAUACGUGAACAUGGAUAUAUAUAAUAAGAAUAACAGUGAAUGCAUUAUAUCGAGGAAACGUCAGCCAGGUGCUGCGUCUUGUUUCAUUUACAUCGCCAUAAAGGGAGAUUACAAUGAAAACUUCAGUACUGACAGGAAAACAGAUUUUUCAGUCUUUAAAACCACCAGAUUUAUCUUGUUGUACCAAGCAACAGUUGCAAGACUAUUUUGAGAACAGUUAUGAGCUGAACGAGAGUCUGUUUUUAUCUCUGAAAGAGGACGACAUUUUCUACAAAUGUCCCGAUCGCCUACGACUACCAUUGAUUUUCUACUUCUGUCAUACAUCAGUUGUAUACAUCAACAAGCUGGUUCUAAGUGGACUAUUGAAGGAGAGAGUUAACUUAGAAUUUGAAACAAUGUUUGAGACUGGUGUAGAUGAGAUGUCAUGGGACGACACUGAGAAUUAUCGUAUGGGUGGGAGUUAUAAAUGGCCAUCAGUUAAAGAAGUAAUGGACUAUCGUAGAACUGUAAGGAAUAUCAUCAUUAAAAUGAUACAAGACACACCACUUGUGCUGCCGAUAACAAAGGAGAGUCCUUGGUGGGGACUUUUGAUGGGGAUGGAACAUGAGAGGAUACAUUUAGAAACAUCUUCUGUUCUGAUCCGUCAACUGCCCGUUGAUAUGGUAACUAAACCAGAUGGAUGGGUAUAUGGACCAAUGAAAUAUAGUGAACCAGUGAUGACCAAUCCAAUGAUCAGAGUUGAGGAAAGGGAGGUAACUUAUGGAAAACCAGAUGAUUUUCCCUCUUAUGGAUGGGAUAAUGAAUAUGGAGAAGAAACUUCAAGAGUUCCUGCAUUUGAAGCAUCCAAAUAUUUAGUAACUAACAGGGAAUAUUUAGAAUUCGUACAAGAUGGAGGCUACAGUAAGAAAAAUCUUUGGACAGAAGAAGGAUGGGGCUGGAAAUUAUAUAGACAUGCUCAGCAUCCAGCAUUCUGGGUGUGUGACAAUGGUUGUAAAGGGGGUUGUGGAGCUGCUCUGUCUUCAUAUUCACAUUGUCACUUCAAUACUGAACAGACCAUCACUAAUGGAGUUACCAAUGGACAAAGCAAUGGAUUGACCAAUGGACAAAACAAUGGAGUGACCAACGGAAAAAGCAAUGGAGUAACCAAUGGACAAGACAAGGGACAAAGCAAUGGACAAAGCAAUGGACAAAGCAAUGGACAAAGCAAUGGAGUGACCAAUGGACACACCAAUGGUUUUAAUUGUGGAGGAACAGUGUACAAAUACAGAGCCAUGUUUGAUGUAUUGGACAUGCCAUUAGACUGGCCAGUGGAAGUCAACUAUCAUGAAGCUCAUGCAUUCUGUUCAUGGAAGGGCAGUGGUAAUCGACUAUUAACUGAAGCUGAGAUGAACCUUAUAAGAGAUGACAAAUUUCCACCAAGUGAAGGCACAAAAAGUGAUGUUAUCUACCAAGACAAUAUAGAUUUAAACAUCAACUUAAAAUUUGGAUCGUCCACUCCUGUGAAUAUGUUCCCAGCAACAGAAGCAGGAUUCCAUGAUGUUUAUGGAAAUGUCUGGCACUGGACAGAGGACCAUUUUAAUGGACUGUUUGACUAUAGGUCACAUUAUCUCUAUGAUGAUUUUUCCUCACCAUGUUUUGAUGGACGACAUAACAUCAUUCUUGGUGGUUCCUGGAUAUCCACUGGUGAUGAAGCUUCAAGAUUUGCUAGAUAUGCCUUCAGAAGACAUUUUAUUCAGCAUGCUGGGUUUAGAUUAGCUAGAUCUCUGGAAACAGCAGAAUUACCAGCAAGACUGAUUGACUCUGAAGUAUUUGUCCUGGGUAUUGGUGUGCAAGAAAACCCAUCUGUAAUUGAAGAGAAAGGCCACAAAGUGGUGAAAGUUCCAACAACCAAUAAACAAUAUGGUUAUGAUGAGAAGAAUCAAUUAUAUGGUAUACUUGAGCAGGAAUUUGGCUACCGUGACCCAUUGCCACUAGCUAUUGCUAGACUCUGUAAAGAAUACAAAACUGAAAGUGGAAAUGAAUCACUGUGCUGGAUUGGUUGUGGAACUGGAAUUGGACCAGUGCACCUACACAAUGUCUUUCAAAAUAUUUUGGCAAUAGAUUAUGGUGGUCGAUUUAUUGACACAGCUUUAAAACUUCAGAAAGGAGAACAAGUAGAAUACACAAAGUCAAAUGGUCAACAGGCCGUAGCAAUGUUUGACAGUGUGGGAUAUGACAAUGUUGUUUUUAAACAGUUGACAUGGUUACCAAAUGAAGUGAACAGCCAUAGUAUGACUGUUGUAACCUUCCUGGACAGAACACUUAAUCCUAAAGCAUGGUUGGCUCGUCUGUGGGAAGUAACAAAGGAAGGUGGACUAAUCCUAAUUGUGUCUGACUGGGAAAGCGAAAAGCUACAAGCCAGCCUGCAAAGACAUAUGGUUUACAUUGGAAAAAGGGAAUUGUCAUAUCAAGAUGGAAAUGCUGUUGCAAUGAUGACCAUUUGGAAAAGAAUCUGAAUUUGUUGACUCAAUUUUUAUUGUCUGAGACAAUAUGUUAAUACUGUUUUUAUAUUUUAUAUACAUAAUUAUUAAUUGUACAUUUUAUAUUGUUUUUUUAUUAUUAUUUUGAUUAUAUUUCCUAAUAACUUUAUUAUUUGUUAGUCCUCAAGUCACUAUUUAGUGCUGACAGUAUUGUGUUCCUUACAUGAUGGCCUUUGCUGUUUAAUAUAUUAGUAUAUAUGUAGUUAAAAUUAUUCUUAUGAAUACUUAUGACAAUGUUUUUCCUUAUUUUUAAUGUGGAAAAUAACAUUGUAAUAAUCUGUUUACACAUGUAUGAUAUUAUAUUGAUGUAUUUUGAAUUGUUAAUUAAUCAAGAUAAAUGUUAAGGUACUGUUGUAUGAAACUUUUCUUUUGCAAUGAUAAUUCAAUGUUUUUUGUUUUUUUUUAAGAAAUCAAAAUGUUACUUCAUGUGUUAUUGAUUGUGAUGAAAAAAUCCCCUUUUCUUAAAUAAAGUGUUUUGUAUUUUA